AGACAAUGCAUAGGCGUGCACUUGAGGGACGCGAGAAUGUUCUUGGACGAGACCAUCACGACACCCUUGGGGGCUGCAAAAACUUAGCUAUUCUGCUGCAAUACCAAGGAAAGUACGGGGAAUCCGAGACAAUGCAUCGGCGUGCACUUGAGGGACGUGAGAAU